UACAAGGCACACCUGUUAAGUGAAAUGCAUUCCAGGUGACUACCUCAUGAAGCUGGUUGAGAGAAUGCCAAGUGUGCAAACCUGUCAUCAAGGCAAAGGGAACCAGGUGUGAAGAAUCUCAAUACUAUUUUUAUUAUUUUAACACUUUUUUGGUUACUACAUGAUUCCCUUUGUGUUAUUUCAUAGUUUUGAUGUCUUCACUAUUAUUCUACAAUGUAGAAAAUAGUGAAAUAAAUAAAAACCCUGCAAUGCGUAGGUGUGUCCAAACUUUUGACUGGUACUGUAUAUUUUCAGAGUAGCUUCCCCAACACUGCUGACCUGUGACCAAAUGCUUUUGUUAAAAUGUAUGUCACAGAACCAGAGCAUCCAAGAAAAGUAUCUGAAGCACAGGGUCUGAUAAAUACAUUUGGAAUUGAGCUGUUUUGGUUUUUGCUUUGAGUCAUUUCAUUUUAGUUGGCUAGACAUUACAACAUCAUGUAGGCUAAUUUAUCUGUAUUGAGUUCUAUGUUAAACCUACAAGCCUAUACACUACAGUACCAAUGUGCUUUACGUGACACCACUCAAUUCUUGGUUGGCCUUUAUGGAAAUUCAAAAUAAUCACAUUCUCCAUGCAAGAAUUACCUCAACCCCACACAAAGAUGGCGCAGUACUGUAUGGCUGCGUCUUUGCUAUUUUGUGAUUAUUGUUCCUUGUUUUAUAGUAAACCUACUACUUAUAUCGAUUACUGCACUGUUGGGAAAGAGUUUGCAAGAAAGCCAUUUCACUUUUCUUGUGCACGUGACAAUAAAACUUGACAUUUGAAACUGAUUAUAACAGUUUAGAACUCCUCCCCCUACUUCUUGAACGUCACCUGUGUACACACCCAACACCUACAGGUAAAGGUGUAUGCAAAGGAGAACUGCGGGGGAAGGAAGAAUUAACGGUUGGAAAAAUUCCGGAUACCGCUGCUAUGGCCGAGUCUCAGCUUAUGUGCAUGGACGAAGAUCAUGUCAACGAAAAGAUACCCGAAUCCAAAGCAGAGUUCUACUACUGCGAGGAGCAGCGAGCCGCGCUCGAGCAACUAUUGAAGAACGGUGAUGGCGCGUUCAAGAUGCGACUGAAAGAGGACAACGUCAGAGACUUUCUAUCCGCCCGCGAGAUUAAAUGGAUUCGAAAAACUUUUGAUGAAUAUGAUUCCGAUAGUGAGUCCGAGAAGGGCGAAUACGAAAAGGCUCAGGAGUCCAAUGCAGACUCGGGGGUCCACUCCACAUACUGGCCUCAGAUGUCGGACACGGAUGUCCCGCCGCUUGACAUCGGCUGGCCAGGCAUCACUAGUUUCUAUAAAGGUGUCACUCGAGUAUCCGUUCAUACGCACCCACCCAAAAACAAGGGGCCCCAUAUAAAAGAGGUUGUCAGGAGACUCAUUCAAGAAUCGAACAAGGUAGUAGCCGUGGUCAUGGACCACCUUACAGACCUGCAGAUCCUUCAGGACCUAUUGGACGCAGCUCAGAGGCGAGGGGUGGCUGUGUACAUCAUACUGGAGGCUCGUGGUAUGCCCCACUUCCUGGAUAUGUGCACUCGUUUACAGGUCACUGCUCUGCAUCUACGGAACCUGCGUGUGCGAACGGUGAAAGGUUCUGGGCUGGCCCUGUCAUUUGGCAGGCUGCCCGGUUCUCUGUGCUCCAAAUACAUGCUGGUGGACGGAGAAAAGGUUAUGUUUGGCUCUUACAGCUUCACAUGGAGCUCCUCUAGGAUGGACAGAAACACCAUCACAGUAAUGUCUGGGCAGGUGGUGGACUUCUUUGACAAUGACUUCAGGGAAAUGUAUGCUGUAUCUGAGAAUGUGGACCUUUACAAGGAGUUCCACAUAACCAAGCCUCCCAUGCCUGCGCCGGUACGGAAGGUGGUGGUCCCCAAGCCCCUGUUGAUAUCCACCUCCCGUUUCCAGGUGUCUCUAGGGGACUCUCGGGGGCAGGCUGACCAGAGGGUGCCUGCACAUAAAUACCACAACCCUAAGUAUUCUCUGGUGGUGGGGAACAGUCUCGGGCUCACUGGGUCCUUACAGGACCUCUCCACACUCAGAGACUCACUGGGCGGUGGACUCGAACGGAACGGACUGUCGACGCUACUCCAACGCAAAGGGGGCAGUAGUGUGGAACUGGACAAGGUCACUGUGAAGUCCCCCAGUUCUCCUGUGGAGGAUGAGGAGGAUGGGAAGGGAGGUUCGCAGAAGCACCAGGCCUUAGGUGGAAAGAAACAACGAAGUUCUUUCAGGCUCUUCCUGAAAGGCAGAGGAUCCAUUCACAACAGUGAGACUAUAGAGGAGGAUGGGGCCACUCCUUCAAGCCCCUCCUCCACCCGCCCAACCCCCUCCCCUAGCCGCCCAACCCCCACCCCUAGCCACCCAACCACCACCCCUAGCCGCCCAACCCCCUCCCUUGCCCAUCGAACCCCCUCCCCUACACGCCCAAACCCCUCCCCUACCCACCCAACCCCCUCCCUUACCCACCGAACCCCCUCACCUUGCAACCCAAACCCCUCCCCUACCCACUCAACACCCUCCCCUACCUGCCCAAACCCCUCCCCGACCCGCCAAAACCCCUCCUCUACCCGCAAAGUCUCAGAGACGAAUAGCACUGCCACUGAUGACUCAUUUGAGAUGGUAGAGAAACCGUCCCUGUUGAAAUUUAAGAACAAAAAGCCUUCAAAACUACCUCAAAGAAGUAUGUCUCUUAUGACCCUCAACAAAGGAGAGGAUGGCGGAAAGGGACACAAGAAGCCUUCCAAGAGGAACUGCAUCCAGUCCUGAGAUGAAGAGAGGGAGGACAAGAUCAGCUGGGAGAGACAGAGCCAGAGGAUAAUUGCCAUUAUCAGAUGCAGUAUUAGAUGUGGAGUAGGAGUAUAGUGAUGACAUGUCAUGGCUGGAGUAUAGUGAUGACAUGUCAUGGCUGGAGUAUAGUGAUGACAUGUCAUGGCUGGAGUAUAGUAAUGACAUUUCAUGGCAAAAGUAUAGUGAUUACAUGUCAUGGCAGGAGUAUAGUGAUUGCAUGUCAUGGCAGGAGUAUAGUAAUUGCAUAUCAUGGCAGGAGUGUAAUAAUGAUAUGCCAUGGCAGGAGUAUAGUAAUUACAUGUCAUGGCAGGAGUAUAGUAAAUACAUGUCAUGGCAGGAGUAUAGUCAUUAUAUGGCAUGGCAGGAGUAUAGUAAUGACAUGCCAUGGCAGGAGUAUAGUAAUGACAUUUCAUGGCAGGAGUAUAGUGAUUACAUGUCAAGGCAGGACUAUAGUAAUGACAUGUCAUGGCAGGAGUAUAAUAAUGACAUGUCAUGAUAGGAGUAUAGUGAUUCCAUGUCAUAGCAGGAGUAUAGUGAUAACAUGUCAUGGCAGGAGUAUAGGGAUGACAUGUCAUGGCUGGAGUAUAGUGAUUCCAUGUCAUGGCAGGAGUAUAGUAAUGACAUGUCAUGGCAGGGGUAUAGUGAUGACAUGUCAUGGCAGGAGUAUAGUAAUGACAUGUCAUGGCAGGAGUAUAGUAAUGACAUGUCAUGAUAGGAGUAUAGUGAUUCCAUGUCAUAGCAGGAGUAUAGUGAUAACAUGUCAUGGCAGGAGUAUAGGGAUGACAUGUCAUGGCUGGAGUAUAGUGAUUCCAUGUCAUGGCAGGAGUAUAGUGAUGACAUGUCAUGGCAGGAGUAUAGUGAUUACAUGUCAUGGCAGGAGUAUAGUCAUUAUAUGGCAUGGCAGGAGUAUAGUAAUGACAUGCCAUGGCAGGAGUAUAGUAAUGACAUUUCAUGGCAGGAGUAUAGUGAUUACAUGUCAUGGCUGGAGUAUAGUGAUUCCAUGUCAUGGCAGGAGUAUAGUGAUGACAUGUCAUGGCAGGAGUAUAGUGAUGUAUAGUGAUUACAUGUUAUGACAUGAGUAUAGUAAUGACAUGUCAUGGCAGGAGUAUAGUAAUGACAUGUCAUUGCAGGAGUAUAGUAAUGACAUGUCAUGGCAGGGGUAUAGUGAUGACAUGUCAUGGCAGGAGUAUUGUAAUGACAUGUCAUGGCAGGAGUAUAGUGAUUACAUGUCAUGGCAGGAGUAUAGUGAUUACAUGUCAUGGCAGGAGUAUAGUGAUUACAUGUCAUGGCAGGAGUAUAGUCAUUAUAUGGCAUGGCAGGAGUAUAGUAAUGACAUGCCAUGGCAGGAGUAUAGUAAUGACAUUUCAUGGCAGGAGUAUAGUGAUUACAUGUCAAGGCAGGACUAUAGUAAUGACAUGUCAUGGCAGGAGUAUAGUAAUGACAUGUCAUGAUAGGAGUAUAGUGAUUCCAUGUCAUAGCAGGAGUAUAGUGAUAACAUGUCAUGGCAGGAGUAUAGGGAUGAAAUGUCAUGGCUGGAGUAUAGUAAUUACAUGUCAUGGCAGGAGUAUAGUGAUGACAUGUCAUGGCUGGAGUAUAGUAAUUACAUGGCAUGGCAGGAGUAUAGUAAUUACAUGUCAUGGCAGGAGUAUAGUGAUGACAUGUCAUGGCAGGAGUAUAGUGAUGACAUGUCUUGGCAGGAGUAUAGUGAUGUAUAGUGAUUACAUGUUAUGGCAUGAGUAUAGUAAUGACAUUUCAUGGCAGGAGUAUAGUAAUUUCAUGUCAUGGCAGGAGUAUAGGGAUGAAAUGUCAUGGCUGGAGUAUAGUAAUUACAUGUCAUGGCAGGAGUAUAGUGAUAACAUGUCAUGGCAGGAGUAUAGUAAUUACAUGUCAUGGCAGGAGUAUAGUGAUGACAUGUCAUGGCUGGAGUAUAGUAAUUACAUGGCAUGGCAGGAGUAUAGUAAUUACAUGGCAUGGCAGGAGUAUAGUGAUGACAUGGCAUGGCAGGAGUAUAGUGAUGACAUGUCUUGGCAGGAGUAUAGUGAUGUAUAGUGAUUACAUGUUAUGGCAUGAGUAUAGUAAUGACAUUUCAUGGCAGGAGUAUAGUAAUUUCAUGUCAUGGCAGGAGUGUAGUAAUGACAUGCCAUGGCAGGAGUAUAGUAAUUACAUGUGCUGCUCAUUCUAUGUACUACUGUAAUGUUCCUUAGUGAGACUUGGUGUGAGACUGUGUGGACCGCCACUGUCUUAUCAGUUAGAGUAGUGAGAGUCUUCAAUGCCAGACCCACUUCCUUUAAUAUGAGCCUAAUGUUGUUGUUUAGCAGGAGUGAUCUGAUGCCACAUGCCAGUGAGUGUCUCCUGAGUCCUGCCCGUCUCAGAUGGCAUUCACCACCCGUGUCAGGGAAAUGCCAAUACAGAUUUGAUCGUUCAGUCAUUCGAUGCUUGAAAACUGAUCUUAUGUUACUGCUCACAUGUCAUAAGAAAUCAACAUGUUGUAUUGCUCUUUCCUGUAUCACUGUCAUUGAAACGGCUGCUUUUAAACCUAAAUAAAUGGAUGGUGUUAAAAACACAUCUAUCCCAGGUA